GAAAUCAAAAAAGAAAGAAAGAGACAGUAGCUCUCAACUCAAUCAAAAAGCACCAAACCAAAGUUACCAAACUUCUCAUCACAAAGAGAGAAAGAAGAAGAAAGAAGAAAGAAACAGAGCAAAACAAAACAGCCAUGGCAGAGAAAGAGAAGAAAAGUAAAAAGAAGAAGAAGAAAGAGAAGCACCAAUCUUCAGACAUAUCUUUCAAACCUUCCUCCGACGUAAAAGGUCUCAAAUUCGGCGGCCAAAUAAUCGUCAAAUCAUUCACAAUCCGACGAGCAAGAACACUCGAGCUUCUCAAACUCCUCUCCCUCCCUUCUUCAUCAUCCCCUCCGCUUCUUUCCACCGCGGCGUAUCUCCCGACGAACUUCACGAUCCUUGCGCACCACGCUUGGCACACGCUAACACUCGGCUUAGGAACAAAGAAAUCAAAAGUAGUGGUGUUCGUUUUCGAAACAGAGGAGAUGAAAGCAUCGGUCGUUGCGGCGGAGGGAGGGAUCUGGCCGACGGAGAUACCACUCGGAGAUGUGAACAAGAAGAUGAUCAGGAAGUUAAAGAAUUGGGAGAUGGCGAGGUUUAAGUUCAGGAAAGGUUGUAUAACGUUUUACGUAUACGCCGUGAGAAACGCCGGGAAUGAAGGGUUUGCUGCGGCGGAGGACUUAAAGGUAAUAUUACAAGCGGUGGUGGCUUUGAAAGACUUCAUGGAUCACACCGCAAUGCUUGUAAUGCCCCACCAGAAAAGUAUUAAUUACAACUCUUGUCCUCCUUUUGCCAUGGCUCACUAGAGAAACUUUGAACAUUUACAUUCAAGUGUGCCUCUCUUUUUUUUUUUUUCUUCUUUUUUGUUACUACUUUUAUUUAUUUACAUAUAUAAAAAGAAAAGUUCUGUUUAUUUAUUUAUUUUUGGUUCCCUAGUGAAUUGUGAUGAGGGAUUGUUAUAUGAAUUUUGUUGCUUUUUUUUUUUGGGGUGGAAGAUUAUUAUGGUAUGAAUAAGAUUAAACUGUUAAGUUGGGUUAGUUUUU